AUGGCCGGCGGUCUCGUCAAAUACCGGCAUCUCAGCCGAAACUCAUCCGCCCGGAAAGCUCUGCUGCGAGGCCUGGUCACCCAGCUCGUGCAGUACGAGCACAUCCAGACGACCCAUGCAAAGGCAAAAGAGGCCCAGCGACUGGCAGAAAAGCUGAUUACUCUGGCCAAGAGGAACAAUGAGCCCUGUAGGAGAUCAGCACAGGGGAUUCUUUACACACCCCACAUUCUUCUUCCCAAACUCUUUGGCGAGCUGCGCAACAGAUAUCUUACUCGAGAAGGCGGCUACACCCGCGUCGUCCGCACCGAACCGAAAAACACCUACGACCAAGGCGAGAGCUGCAUCCUCGAAUUCGUCGACGGUCCCAAGGACUCACGGUUCAUGAUGACGGCCAAGACGGUGGCCAGAGAUCGCCUCUUGGGACGGGAGACUACCGCCGUGACGGCGCAGAAUAUUAAGAAAGUAACACAGUUCCGGGGGGAAAAGGACCUCGAAGAUAUGGUCCAGCGAUUCUUGGCUCUGCAGACGCCUGAUGGGGCUGCCGAGGAAGAGGGACACAGCGUCGAGGCAGCACGAAUUGCGGGUGAGGAGAGCUCCAAAGCACAAGCACUUGCUGCAGAGGUCAAGGCUCAAAAGCAGGAAGUCAAGAGCUAA